AGAAUUGUGACAGCAGCUUCUUCCGACAAUUUUAGGCAAUCGAGCAGUGCGAUUUUUUCUGCUCGUAUACUAUCCUUGGUUUUAGCUGCAAAGCUAGCGUACUGCCCGGUGAAGUGGCUCGGUGUCUGUGCCGAGACCGGACGGGGCCCGACCUGCGCUCCGGUAGCUCACCGCAACAGCUCUACCUGACGCCGGUGCCUAGGUGACUGGUUCAGACGCCCAGUCGACGAGGGCAGAGUGGGACGAGGAUGAUCCUGUUGUCCACCGCGGGCACUACGGACUUGGACAUGGAACAGCUUGGUAGUCACGGUAGCGUGUUUACUCCUUGCUGCAGUGAGAUGUCGGCUCGGCCAAUCUUCUGGCCCCUGUGUUUGGAGCUCUCGCGGAUGCAACGCGCAUCCCACAGUCACCUCAUAUUCUAACCGUCUCCUUGGGCCCUAAGCAGCCAUGGUCAACCCUGCUGCAGUCCACGAGCCUGCAUACCCUCCCCUCCUACGCAAGAUGCAAGGACGGGCAUCGGUAUUUGCUAGCACUCCGUGAGCUCCAGCUGGAGAGCUCUCGGGGAUCUGCCUUUGCCCCUUCCUCGUCUCUUGAGGCGAACCGAGUGUCUGAUCUCUGAUGUACCUUUCAGGAAGCUCAAUGCCCAGAUGUCAGAACUCAACGAACCACUUGUCUGGGAUGGGAAGGGAAGGGAGCCAAGCGAGCAAGCAGCAGCAGCAACACCACCACUACCACCAUCAGCAAGCAAGCACAACGGUGGCGGCCGACAUGCAAGCGCGGCACAAGUAUCUUGUGCUAUGUUGUCAAGGAUUAUACACCAUCACCGGGGUCCAAGACUCUGGGCAUCCCGUUGUUGGACCAUGGAUGGCGGAAUGGACGGCGAGGUGGACUGACAAGUUUGCCGCCGCCCGCUGUGCGCCGAUCCAUGAUAGUCGCAAGAGGGUGGUAUUGGACUAUUCGCCAUGGCGCUUGGGGAAUCCGGCGAGUGUCCAUACACGCGUGGUUCAGUCAUGUUUCCAGACAAAGGGACCGUUGGCCGUUCCCCGUCGGUCCGCUUGGGCGUUCCAUGACCGGAUGGCUGAACGUGGUCCUCACUCUUCUUAAUAACAGCCGAGAGACACACCGUCCUCGAGACCCGUCAUCGUGGUUCUUGUCGUUUCUGCUUUCCUGCAUCAGCAGAUCUUAUUCUUCACUCUCUUUUGUUCUUCACCCCUAAUCGACCUUGACGUCGGUUCCCCCUUUUACCCUUCUUCAUACCAUACCGUAGACAACACUUAGUUGUAUUCUCUAAUAGCACUUGGCCUUGUCACGAUGGCCGUAGGCGUGGCAAUCCUCGGCUUUAUCCUCUUCUGCGCAUGGCGCCUUUACUCCGCCAUCCAGUUGAAGAAGAGGAUCCCGGCGGGAGCAAAGCCUCUUCCUGGACCAAAGGGUCUGCCCUUUAUUGGUCGCGUUCACGAUGUUCCGGCAGAGGCGGCAUGGAUGAAGUUCCACGAAUGGGGCAAGCAAUAUGGCCCAAUCUACGGGCAAGAGAUGUUCGGUUCUUACCACGUCUGGAUCUCAUCUGAGCAAGUUGCUCACGACCUCCUCGGCCGCCGCAAUGUCAUCUACUCUGACCGGCCCAUGAUUCCUAACCUCCCGGAUAACCGCACCAGCGGUGACUACCUUGCCCUCCUUGGCCGGACAGAAACAUGGAAGCGCCAGCGCAAGCUUUGCCACCACCUCAUGAACCAGAGCGACAAGCAGGAGCUCCACGCAUACCCGAGCCGCGAGCGCGAUCGUUUCCUGUGGCUUCUCUACCAGAAGCCUGCCGAGUACCGCGAGUACAUCGAGCAGUUCACCAGCCGAACCGUCAGUCGCCUUUCUUGGGGUACCGCCCACCCGGCCAGAGUUCUGCGCAAGACCACCUUUGGCCUUCUCGAGACCAUCUCCCCUGCCGGUGCUCUUCCUAAUGUUAUCUCCUUCCUCAUGCACGUUCCCGCAGCGCUGUCGCCAUGGAAGAAGAAGGAGGCGGAGCGCCACGACAUUGAGUCGAAGCAGUUCACAAGCAACGUCAACUUUGUCAAGGAUCAGGUCGAGAAGGGUACCGCCGCGCCGAGCUUCAUCAGCACGUUUAUCAACGAGGGUCUCGGAAACGAGAAGGGCAAAUGGGGCGACCUUGCGGAGGCUCAGAACGUCGUUGGUCUCAUGGCCAUUGCUGGCGCCUUGACCAUCGGUAGCCCCAUCCAGAGUUUCCUCCUCGCCAUGCUGCACUACCCCGAAUGGCAGGCUCGCUUGCAACGGGAGAUUGACGAGAACUGCGAAGGUAGAUGCCCUCAAUGGUCGGAUCGCGAGAAGUUGCCAUUGUUGAGAGCUGUCGUCAAGGAAGUCAUUCGGUGGAGACCCCCGGUCCCUACUGGCAUUCCCCACGCUGUCGAAAAGGACGAUGUUUACAACGGCUACUUUAUCCCUGCCGGUGCCACGAUUCAUGCUCUUGAAUGGGGCAUCACUCGCGACGAGUCCGUCUACCCCGAUGCUGAGACCUUCAACCCCGGACGCUGGGUGCAGCCUGAGUACCCUACCUACAAAGAGCCUCUCACUAGAUUCCCCAACCUCGACGGCUUCAGUCAAUUCGGUUUCGGACGCAGGACGUGCCAAGGUGUCCCCAUUGUUGACCAGGACCUCUUCCUGUCCAUGGGAGGCAUGGCCUGGGCUUUCAACAUUCGCAAGAAGUACAACGCCGACGGCACUGAGGUCCCCGUGCACUGGAACGACUACACCCCUCUCCUGAUCGCCAAGCCCGCUUUUUUCGACUUUGACGUUGUCGCGCGCACGCCUGAAAAGGCCGACCUGAUGAAGGCCAUGUUCGACGCCGCCAAGGAGGAGGAGGAGAAUGAGGAGCUGAUGAUGAAGAUGGGCAUGCCUGAUAUCGACACCCGCGAGAAGAAGAGGGCUGCCAUGUCCGUGAAGCCGCCUUCCGUCACGUUGAAUCUCCGCCAGAGGAAGGAGGACGGCGAGCGCGAGAAGCAGUACCGCGAACACGAGCGCGAUAUCCCCGGAUGCCCUGGCCGAUGGGCGACCGAGAGCGACGUGGAUUCGGGUAACGAGAAGGGAUAUGUUGAUGGAGAGGAUAGCGCCAGCGCCAGCUGUUCUGGACGCUCGUCGCCGACGAUGCUGUCAUAGGGUUGCUAUGGCUUUGGGCGUGGAGGUGAUGAGAGGCUAAUGAGGAUGGAUGGCAAGAAUGUUUGAUGAUAGGAUAAGAUACUGGUGAGAUCAUGGACGGCGCUGAUGGAUCAUUCGGAUUGAUAUCAGGGAUUCCCUUUGUUACGGGCUUACUUUUUCACACGGAAAGAUGCCGAUGCUACUGAAGGAGCUGGUAAUCUGGGGGUCUAGAAUGUGACAUGGACUGGAU